AUGCAGAGAAAGGGUGUGUCGUAUUCCUCCAAAUAUCAAAAGGCGUGUAUAAAAGUAACAUCACUGAAGAUUGACGCUGCUUUUCUGCAAAAUCACUGCGAGGUUCUGUGUGCUAUAUGCAGAGGCUGUUCCAUAUUCUGCUUUCGAUCAAUCUAUUCUUUAUUCAGAAGAGAGAGCAUGGGUACUCUGCUUGCAGAUGAAAAAUCAGAAAAUCCAAAUAAUGGUGUAGAACAACUUCACCACCAAAAUGAUGCUGAUGCAGGAGCCCUCUUUGUCCUCAAAUCCAAAGCUUUCCAUCUUCACAAUAAGUUCAAUAGCAACGUCAACACCACCGUCGAAAAGAACGUCAUUGGAGAAAAGUCGCGUUCAGUGAUUUCAUGGUUUCAUCGUUUGGAUUUGGGAGCCGACUUGGAUGAAGAAAAGGCCGUAGGAAAUUGCGUGGUUCUUGAACACCACGCCCAGAUGGGUAAGCGGCAGCUACGCUUCAGAGACAUGGCUUCCGAUAUUUUAGGUCCACGGUGGGGUCGUUAUUUUGUUGGGCCAAUUCAGUUUGCUGUUUGUUACGGUGCUGUUGUAGCUUGCACUCUCUUAGGAGGACAAUGCAUGAAGGCAAUUUACUUGCUGUCUAAUCCAAACGGGACCAUGAAGCUUUACGAGUUUGUGAUCAUAUUUGGAUGCUUCAUGCUAAUUUUGGCUCAAAUCCCAUCUUUCCACUCAUUGAGGCACAUUAAUCUAGUCUCUUUGAUUCUCUGCUUAGCCUAUAGUGCUGCUGCUACUGCUGGUUCCAUAUACAUUGGAGAAUCAUCCAAAGGACCAGAAAAGGACUACUCUCUGAAAGGUGACACUGAGAAUCGCUUAUUUGGAAUGUUCAAUGCAAUUGCCAUCAUUGCCACGACCUAUGGAAAUGGAAUCAUUCCAGAAAUUCAGGCAACACUAGCACCACCAGUAAAAGGGAAGAUGUUCAAGGGACUAUGUAUUUGCUAUCUUGUUCUUAUAGUCACUUUCUUUAGCGUAUCUGUGUCUGGUUAUUGGGCAUUUGGCAAUGAAUCUGAAGGCCUCAUCUUAAGCAAUUUUGUGGACAAUGGGCGUCCUCUGGUGCCCAAAUGGUUCAUUUACAUGACCAACAUUUUCACCAUAGCACAAUUAUCAGCAGUUGGUGUGGUUUAUUUGCAACCAACAAAUGAAGUGCUGGAGCAAACAUUUGGAGACCCAAAAAGCCCAGAGUUCUCCAAUCGCAAUGUAAUCCCCAGAGUGAUUUCUAGAUCACUAGCUAUUACUAUUGCAACCACUAUUGCAGCCAUGCUUCCAUUUUUUGGAGACAUAAACUCUCUUAUUGGAGCUUUUGGCUUUAUCCCUCUUGAUUUCAUCUUGCCAGUGAUUUUCUACAAUUUCACAUUUAAGCCAUCUAAGCGAAGCCCCAUUUUCUGGUUGAAUGUAACUAUUGCUGUGGCAUUCUCUGCAUUGGGAGCUAUAGCAGCAGUUGCAGCAGUUAGACAGAUAGUUCUUGAUGCCAAAAAUUAUCGAUUAUUUGCCAAUGUAUGA